AUGGGUUUACCUAUGUUCGUAUCUCCACCUUUGUCAAAAAGACAGAUACCACCAAAACAAUCUCCACAAUCACCUUCAUAUUCAUCAACUUUUGAUGAAAUGGCUUUCGGCAACGAUGAUUUUCAAAACUCAAGGGCAAGUUUAUUUGGUUGUUCAACAACAUUUUCAACGUCUUCAUCAACUUCACCUAGACGUGCUCGUUUGUUAAGUCUUGCUCGUGCUCAAAUAUCUGCUGCUCAAAUGACUGCUGCUCAAAUAUCUGCUCAACAACAACGUUCUUCUGAACAAUCACGUCAUGGUAAUGGUAGUAUUAGUAGUAGCGAUGAUAAUAAUAACAACACUCCUUCUAUUAAUGAUGAUUUACAAGAUAUUUUAAGUAUCGAGGAUUUUUUAGAUUUUAUUCCUAACGAUAAUAUUUCUACAACUAAUGAAAGCUCACAAGGCGCUCAACAUGAUAACAGGUUAUUGAGAUCAUCUAGACAUCAUCACAGAUCAUCUCACCAUCACAGCAGCAGUAAUAGUGGUAGAUCCUCUUCUAGAUCGUCUUAUCCUUCAAGAGAUGAUUAUUUAACUCUACGUGGUAUAGAUUUAGUUGGAUCAACUCAUCAUUAUCAACCGUUACCUCCAUUACCUCCAUUACCAAGACGUCUCAAUACAAUACAUAAUUAUCGUUCAUUUAUUGAUGACUUUUACUCGGUCAUUCCAGAUUUUGUACCUAGUUUAUUUGAUAGUAGUGAUGAUGGUUUAGAUUCAAGUAGCAAUGGUGGUAGUGCUAAUAACCAUCAUGGUGGUAAUAGUGCUGGUGGUUCAUUUUAUCGAAUAUUAUCUCCUAUAGCAGGAAGAUAUGAUUCUACUAGACUGACUACUUCAAGAUUACCGCCAACAACAAUAACAAACGCUAGUAGUAAUAAUUCUACCAGUAGUAAUAAUUCUAGUAACAAUAACUCUUCAUCUACAACAACGGAUCAAACGACUUAUGAUUACGGUGAACUUUGUUAA